AUGAAGUUUCUUUCCAUCUACAAUGCAAUUACGAUCACUGCUUUCUGGUUAUCAGCUACCCUCACUCAAGCUACUGUGAUCCCAUUACCUGCAGCAAACCCUAAUCCUGUACUCAACUCGUUUACGCAAUUCAACUGGUCUACUGAUGCUCAGUUGCUGGACCAAACUUUCGCUAUCGAUUUGGAUGCUCCUUCUAGAGUGCAUGUUACUGAUUUGGAUCCCCAUGGCCCUGGUUUUGCUGUUUAUGACAAUGGUAAUUUUGUUGGUGAAACAGCUACUGUUAUUACCAAGAAUAAUCCAUACGGUGCAGAAGAAUAUCAUUAUCGUCAAGGCUUCUUUAAUCUGGAUACAGGACAUCAUGCCAUUACUGUCAAGUUGAAAGGAGGAGCUAAAACUGGAAGCGGAGCUAUCAGAAUGGUGCCUGGCGUUGAUAAUGAAAUGACUGUAUUGAGCGACAGUGCUGAUGUUGUCGAUGGUCAAACUGUUGAUGCGGAGGAUGUUAUAGAGAAUACAGAUCAGAUUGAGGACAUCUUUGAAGUCGAUGAAAGUAAUGAUAGCGAUGAAGGCGAUGAAGACGAUGAAGACGAUGAAGACGAUGAAGACGAUGAAGACGAUGAAGACGAUGAAGACGAUGAAGAUGAAGACGAUGAAGACGAUGAAGACGAAGACGAUGAAGACGAUGAAGAUGAUGAAGACGAUGAAGACGAUGAAGACGGUGAUGAAGACGAUGAGGAUGAUGAAGAUGAUGAAGACGAUGAAGACGAUGAAGACGAUGAAGAUGAUGAAGAGGACAAGAUUGACGAGGAUGGCGAGGAUGAUGAAGAUGAUGAAGACGAUGAAGACGAAGACGAUGAAGACGAUGAAGAUGAUGAAGACGAUGAAGACGAUGAAGACGGUGAUGAAGACGAUGAGGAUGAUGAAGAUGAUGAAGACGAUGAAGACGAUGAAGACGAUGAAGAUGAUGAAGAGGACAAGAUUGACGAGGAUGGCGAGGAUGAUGAAGAUGAUGAAGACGAUGAAGACGAUGAAGACGAUGGAGACGAUGGAGACGAUGAAGACGAAGACGAUGAAGACGAUGAAGACGAUGAAGACGAUGAAGACGAUGAAGACGAUGAAGACGAUGGAGACGAUGAAGGCGAUGAAGACGAUGAAGACGAUGAAGACGAUGAAGAUGAAGACGAUGAAGAGGACAAGAUUGACGAGGAUGGCGAGGAUGAUAAAGAUGAUAACGAUGAUGAAGAUGAUGAAGAUGAUGAGGAUGAUGAAGACGAGUAUAUUACCAUUGGAGAUCCUACGCAGGAUUUUGAUUACUUGACAAACAUCUACGACGUCCCUCAAGAUAUACCACACACUAUCACUCUCACUACUACUCUCAUGGUAGAUGUCUAUGCCGCAGAAACAUUUGAUAAGACCGAGACAGAAACCACUACUUCGACAACUGUUAUUGGGUUCGCCUUUUUAGAAAAUACUUUUGAAGAAUCUGCUGCCGUAGAAGCUGUUGGAGAUGUCAGUGAUACUCAAGAAGAGUAA